UGUGGUGCAUACAAACACAUGCAUUGUUCAAAGUCUGUUUGUGGCAUCGGUAUCUUCUGUGAGACACAGUGCAGCACAGCAGAGGGAAAGGAGCUGUGCAGCAUAGUAGGUGGCUAUACAGGAGGAGCAAUAGAAGUAGCCAGCGAAGAAUGCCAUCAGGGAAAGCAUCAGGCAGCGAAUGACAAAGGAAAAGUUCCUAAGGGAGAGGAUAUCUGCAACAAACCGACAAGUAACAGUGAGAUAGGAGGACUGACAGUCAGAGAUGAAGGUACACAGACUGAAGACAAAAAAAAAGAAACAGAAGUAUACAGCACAAGUCUGAGUACAGAUAAUGCUGCUGAUGAUGAUGUUGACAGGAUCGAUGCAGAUGAGGAAUUUCAAAGUGAUUCAGAAGGAACUAGUACAGUUUACAGAGUGCAUGGUUGCUUAUCUGUAUCAAGCUCAAAAAAGAAAACCUACACAAUAACAGAAGACGAGAUCAAGCGCAGAAUCCAAGCAGAGAACAUGUCAGUUCAUGUUUUCAGAGGUUUGAUUGGGGGCCGUAAAGCCAAACUGCCCGCAAUGAUUCUUGACAGGCCUAAGAAGGCCAAAACUAAAGUAACGGUGCUUAGUGUUCUGAGUGAAGAGGAGGCUGGGGAGCUAGCCCUCGGGUUUGCCGGAAGAUUGGCCUGCGAUGUCACAAGAGACAUGGUCUGUAAAGGCAUCGACCAUUCAAGUGCUGAUAUGACAAAACAGACUCUUCGCAAAAUCCAACACAACCUUAAACAGGAACUGACUGAUUCCUCGACUUUCAGUUUGCUGACACACACCUUUGGCCCUGCUGCACUGGAUUCAGUCAUUUCUUUCCUGUGUGAAAAACUGGAUCUUGUCUCUUAAAUAAUAAAACCUUUUGUGACUUUUGUUUGUUCUGUAAAUCAGAAUCUUGAAAAUUGUUCACUGUUGUUUUAAGUUUGUAUUAAGUUAACUAUUUGGCAAAAAUGUUUGGUUCCUAAUCCAAACAGCAUAAUGACUGUUCUAACACAUAUCUUAAAAAUGCUACAAAGAA